UUUUAAUAUGAGUUUUGCUAAAAAACCUUUACCUAUAAAAGGAUCGAAGAAGCCAGAAAAAUCUCCACUUGAAUAAAUUCAAUUGAUACUUGGUAAUGAAUAUACAGUUGAAUAAAUAUAAAGUGCAUUAAAUUAAACAUCUGAUAUAUAGAAUGCAAUAAAAAUAUUGAAAUAAGAAAGGGAAGCUUUAUAAAACAAUACCAAAGUUCUUAAAUUUUAGUAAUUGAAUAAAGCAUAAUAAAUAUAAAAAAGAGUAAAUAAAUAUAAUAGCAAAUGGAUAAAGAGAGUAUUGGGAGAUGUUGAUUUGAAUAAGAAUUAAGAAAUUUUAAGUACGAUUUAAUCAUAAAUGGAGAAAUUAACAAUAGAUUAUGAAUUACAUAAACAAAUCGUUUAUAAUUUUAGUAUACCUUCUCGUGAUCAUUAUAAUAAUAAUACUAAUAAUUUACAAUGA